GUCUGUUAUACACCACUGGGUCAAGAUUUAUCAGCAGCUUGCCCAUAAGAUGGGUCUAUAUUCGACGCCCUUUGUCCGAGCCUACAACAAGGCUGGCAAGACACCAGGACGGAGUAUGAGCUCUUGGAGCAGCAGUCGCGAUUUGUUCGAGUAUACCUCCGGGCGAUUCUUAUUCAAUGAGGAACUUCGACUGGCUGAGCGCCGUAUCCAAUUUGAUGUUGACGCGCUUGUGAAUGUGGUAUGUCGGUCAACCAACCGACCUGUCCGUGACCUGUCUUCAGUCUCCAAACUCGCAGAAGGAGGCUUCAAUCGUGUCCUUCAGGCGACUUUCAAGGACGGAUAUACAGUACUUGUCAGGAUACCGUAUAAGGUUACUGUUCCGAAACGGCUUGCAGUGGCCAGCGAAGUGGCCACCCUCGAUGUGCUCCGUCGUAAUGGUGUGCCGGUCCCUAAAGUCGUUGGCUAUUCUGUUGACCAGACGAACUCUGUCGGCGCUGAAUACAUCCUGCUGGAGAAAUUAGAAGGACAGCCCUUGAGCCAAGUCUGGUUUACUAUGGACAAUAAAGCGCGAGUCAAGAUCAUGAAGCAGAUCGUCGCUGCGGAAAACAAAUUCAUGCACAUCCCCAUUCCCGCAAGUGGAAGUCUCUACUAUCGCAGAGAUCUGGAGCAGACGCAGUUCGGUAUUACACUCCCGGGUCAAUCGGAUGUAUCUGCACCAGACCAAAUCGUUGUUGGACCCACUGCGCAACACGCAUGGUGGUAUGAAGAACGGAAAGCCCUGGAGGUGGAUCGCGGCCCAUGGGACAGCUACCUGGCGUGUUUUGAAGCGCCGGCUAGACGUGAGAUGGAAUACUGCAGGCGUUUUGGCAAGCCUCGCCUUCACGUUGAGAGAUGUCUCCGAGAGCUGUAUGACUUCCAAGAGAUGUCGCCCACUCUUCAUGUUGACCUACUCUCUGACUAUCUGAAAUUGGCGCCUUACCUCAACAUUCCGUCAGAGCAUCCCCUUGCUCGUCCCACCCUUCGCCAUCCAGACUUUUCGCCAAACAACAUUAUGGUUGACUCGUCAAACAACAUGACGGGGAUAAUCGACUGGCAACAUGCCGUGGCGCUACCCCUUUGUCUCUGCGCUGGAAUACCUCGUUACUUUCAGAAUUGGGGAGACCCCGUGUCAGAGGUUUUGGCAAAGCCAGAAACCAAACUACCGGACAACUUUAGGGAGCUCAAUCAAGAUGAACAGACAAUCAUGCAGGAGACAAUGAGAAGACGCCUUGUCCAUUUCUAUUAUGCGGCGUUGACAAUGAAUCAGAUACCGCACCAUUUCGACGCUCUGAGAGACGAGAAUUCGAUGCUUCGAGCGAAGUUGUUCAACCGUGCUGGAACACCGUGGGAGGGAGACUCUCAGUCUCUCAUGUAUUGGAUGAUCCAGGCUUGCAAUAAAUGGCCCAUGUCUAUUGAUAAGGGGGGCCCUCCGGGCUCAACUAAAUGCCCAGUCGAGUAUUCCGAACAAGAGGUCUUGCAUUGCACAGGACUCCAUGAUCAAGAGCAGGAAAAACUCCAAAUUCUCACAGAAAUGAGAGAUGUCAUUGGUAUAGACUCCCUAGGUUGGGUGCCUGAUGAUGAGCAUCUAGAACAGUCGAGAGCCAUGGCGCAGAACAUUAAAGCGGGCUUGCUGGAGCAAUCGGAGAGCGACACUGAGCGAACUGCACUGUUGGAACACUUUUCUUUUGAUGAUCAUGAUGAGGCAUGAGCUAGACAAAUCUC